AUGGCCAAAGACAUAAUAAACCAGCAACAAAGAGAAAGAGGAGUAUCAGAAAAUGUGCAGACUAAUGUAGAAGCAGUGACACAGGCCGUUGCACAAUUGACCAACGGUUGUGAGAAACAUCCUGAUAAUGAACUGAAAUACUACUGUGAAGAUGAUGAUACCGUUGUUUGUGGUGACUGUGCAUUAGCAGAUCAUUAUAGGCAUGGUAUUUUACCUGUAGGAACAGUUGCAAAAAGCUAUAGGGAAAAAAUUGGAAAUGCCAUUGUUAAAACGCUGGCAAAAGCUAACGUAUUCAAAGAGGCAGUUGCCAGGAAAGCAAUCAUAGAAUUUGAGGACUCUCGUAUCAGGACAGCCACUAUCAACACCAUUGAGAGACAAGCCCACCAUAUUUGUACAUUAAUUAAUGAGAGGAAAGAAACACUGAUAUCAGAAGUGAAUUCUGAUUAUGAUAUUAGAAAAAAGCAGAACGAGGCAAACAAGGACAUCCUUGAACUCCACCAUGCCUCCUUGCAAAGUGCCUGUGGCUUUGCCCAACAACUUGUUGCAAAUGGCACCGACUCUGAUAUCAUGGCGCAUGCAAAGUCUCUCACAAAUAAACUGACAACAAUGGAAAACAUACCAGUACCAACACCAGACACAACUGCAGAGAUAUCUUAUAGUCCUGGUGAGAUAUCUACUGCUGGACUGGAAGCCAUGUUAGGACAGGUGACAGUACAGACAAUACCACCAUCAGCACCAAAUCGUUUUCUAAGAGAAGGCAGAAUGCGCAGUGGACAUCUCCUGAACAUUAUUCGACUUACUAUGUGUGAAUACCCCACUUUCGUCACAGUGAGCAGGGCUAAUGAUAACAUUGUGAUAUCAGACUUGGGCAACUGUGUACACAUGCUGUCACCUACUGGCGAUCAGCUGUACAAGUAG